CUCUCUCAUUAUUGGUUUCCCAAGCUAGCUUUGCACUUGAAGAUUUCUGUCGUCUGCGAUGGAAAACUGAACGUGUGAGGAUAAAAUUUAGGCCUUGUACGAGAAGAAAAAAAAAAUGCGAGUGAGAGAAUUGCACCCACUCUGCUGCAUCUCGCUGGAGAGUCCUUGCGGCAGCCUCGGGGACCAAUCGGCGGAGGCUACGGCGUCCUCCCUGUCCAGGGCGAGGAGCUUGCCGGCCAGUCUCGCGUCGAUUCCCGGCGGAUCUGACGGCAAUGCGGGACGAUCCGAGGCCACCGUCGCCGGUGUGCUCUAUAAGUGGACAAAUUACGGCAAAGGAUGGAGAUCCAGGUGGUUCCUUCUGAGGAACGGAGUCUUGUCCUACGCCAAAAUUCGGCGCCCGGAGAAUCUCAACCUGCUGACGCCGACGGCUGAUGACGUCAGACUGAUCGGAGAAAUCUCCACCAAUCGGCUUUCGAGGAUGGAUAGUGGGAGAAGGAAGCACCAGAAAACCGUUGGCAUUGUUCAUCUCAAGAUCUCUUCUUUCCGGGAGAGCAAGUCUGAUGAUAGGCGGUUUUAUAUAUUUACUGCCACGAAGACCCUUCAUCUGAGAACUGAUUCAAAGAGUGAUCGGGUGGCCUGGAUACAAGCUUUGGUCUCAACUCGGAGCCUAUUUCCACUUCGACCACUGAAUGACAAUUUCUCCCUGGUACCAAAUGAUUUGUCUAUGUCAACAGAAAGACUUAGGAAACGCUUGCUUGAAGAGGGAAUAAACGAAAACCUGGUAAGGGAUUGCGAACAGAUCGUGCUUCAAGAAUUCUCUGAAGUACGGGGACAGCUUAAAGUUCUUUGUGAAGAGCGAUCCAAUUUGCUCGACACAUUAAGGCAGUUUGAGGCAGUUACCAUCGAAGCUGAAGCCUCUGGAAUUCAUGACGGUGAAUACAGAAUGACCAAACAUGAGUUUUCUGGUCUUGGGCGUGGAAAAUACAGUGAGUGCAGCACAACUGAAUCAUCAGAUGAUAUUGAGAAACAUGAGCUCGAGGAAUUGUCGGAUGGAGAUGAAAUGUGCUUUCAUGAUACAAAAGACUAUUUUAUUGAACCGACUGAUAGUUGUGGGCUUACAAAAGUAGUUUCGAAUCACCUGGAUAAUUAUAGAGAAGCUCAAUGCGAAUCUGAUGUAGAAAAAUUGCAGAGUAAGAAGGAAGGUUGGAAGUCCAGAUAUCUGGACUUUGACAGGCGGAAAAAGCUUCCUGAUCCAGUUGAAAAGGAGAAAGGGGUUAGUCUCUGGUAUUUGAUCAAGGACAAUGUCGGAAAAGAUCUCACACGUGUUUGUCUCCCUGUUUACUUUAAUGAGCCACUAUCUUCUCUUCAAAAAUGUUGUGAGGACAUGGAGUACUCGUUUCUUUUGGAUAAAGCAUAUGAGUAUGGUAGAGCGGGGAAUAGUCUCCAGAGGGUCCUGAAUGUUGCUGCUUUUGCGGUUUCUGGAUAUGCUUCCUCUGAAGGUCGUCACUGUAAGCCGUUCAAUCCUUUGUUAGGGGAAACAUAUGAAGCUGACUAUCCUGACAAAGGAAUUCGAUUCUUUUCUGAGAAGGUUAGUCAUCACCCAACACUCAUUGCCUGCCACUGUGAAGGCAGAGGGUGGAAAUUCUGGGGUGACAGUAACCUUCGCACAAAAUUUUGGGGGCAGUCAAUUCAGCUUGACCCUGUUGGAGUUCUCACUUUAGAGUUUGAUGAUGGUGAAAUUUUCCAGUGGAGCAAGGUCACUACUAGUAUUUAUAAUCUUAUCCUUGGUAAAGUGUAUUGUGGUCACCAUGGGACAAUGCACAUACGUGGUAAUCGCCAGUAUUCAUGCAAACUCAAAUUUAAAGAGCAGUCUAUUCUUGACCGGAAUCCUCGCCAGGUACACGGAUAUGUUGAAGAUGUUAUUGGAAAAAAGGCUGCCACCGUAUUUGGGAAGUGGGAUGAUGGUAUGUACUAUGUUAAUAAUGAUGGGAGUGGCAAGCCCAAGGAUUGUACUCCUUCUGAUGCAUCAUUGCUAUGGAAAAGGAACAAGCCGUCUCUUAAUCUUACUCGAUACAACUUAACUUCAUUUGCAAUCACACUGAAUGAGCUGACACAAGGACUGCAGAUUAAGGAGAAGCUCCCACCCACAGAUUCGAGGCUCAGACCAGACCAGCGGCAUCUGGAAAAUGGGGAAUAUGAGAAGGCAAAUACAGAGAAGCAGCGUUUGGAGAGAAGGCAAAGAAUGUCAAGGAAGUUGCAAGAAAUUGGAUGGAAGCCGAGAUGGUUCCAGAGAGAAGGUGAUGAUGGACCCUUCCGGUAUGUUGGCGGGUACUGGGAAGCUCGGGAUCAGGGAAAAUGGGAUGGAUGCCCAAAUAUAUUUGGUGAAUUUAACGAAGACCUUGUUGAUCCUGUGGAAGUGUCUUUAUUAUAGCUCAGGAAAAAUAGAUAUCCUUUACAAGUAUUGUUUAGAUAGAAACUGAGGAAGAAAUAUCCUGCUUCUUUUUGAGGGCGAUGAAAGCAAAUCCACAGGGCAUGCAUUUAAGCGAAACUUCUCAUCUUUCAAGUCUACGUCAACUGUUACUUAGAUCGUCAGUAGCUAGCCUGCUGUUUCAUCUUUUGAACAUUCUCAUUGUCUGCAGUGUACAAGCAGUGGAUUGUGUAAUGUAAUCUCUCCCUCCCUAGCUCUGUAGUCAUUAAACUGUGCGAGCCACAGGCCGAGCAUUAAUUUCAUAUUUUAUGUGUCCCCUUCGUAGAAAUAAAAAGAAACAGAGAUUCAUUUUUGCAAUCAUUGUGAAAGUGUAAUAUCAGUUCAGGCUGUUAAUAAAUUCUCCUCUAUUGACGUCCA